GAUCAUUUGACAUUUUAUCGGUUUGUGAAGCGAGCAUUUGUGUCAUUUAGUCAUAAACAUCGUUUCAUAUUUACUUACUUUAUUGUUUUCAAUAAAUGAUGAGCAUGGACAUACCAUGUACUGAUGCGCGGCACGAAAUCAGAUAACAUUGUAAACAUUAAUCGAUGGUCACUUUGUGACAUUUGAAGGGGCCUUGGGUGUUAUCUUUAAAAGGAAACAUUUACUGAAAGUGAACAUAGAAGCAUAUCUAUUUGACAGCGAAUAUCUAUGGGACACUAUGGUGUUUGUUGACGAUGGGGGGUCAUUUUUAUGGAGCCAAAAUAAAUGCGUGUACGGUCAAGCGGAGAUAACUUUUAUCUUAUUUGCAAACAAACUAGUAUGUGCUUUAGAAAUUCAGUUGGUGGCUUUUGAAUGGAUAUUAGUGCAACUUUAUCUACUUUGGACAUAAAAAUCAAACCUUGGAUCUUAUUAAAGGAUAUUCGACACACGACACGUGUCCUUGAGCGGUCUUGCGAAAAGUCAUUAAGAGCUACCAAGAACUACUAAGAGCUACUAAAAACUACGAGAUACUUUUAACUUGUUCACAUGAUCAAGGGAUCAAGGAUGCAGCAGUUUCCGAAAGCCAAGGAUAUCAGUUCAUGUUAAAGUCAAACGAUCAUAAAAUAUCCUGAUAGCAAUAGGAAAUAAAGCGUUCAGCUCAAGUGGGCGGUAGCAUACUUGGUUCAUAUUUUCAACGACAGAUACUAUGUUCCGGAGAACAAUACUCUGAUUGUUUUAUAUCGUUGCGCAGAGGCUGUCGGUUGUUACUGUUGUGGAAUAUAACCUCAAUCAUGGGGGAGCGAGUGUCGUUCGAUGUAGACACGCAGGUGACCGUACUUGCCGAGACUCAGACGGACGUGCUGCUCCGCUCCCUGGAGUGCUAUCUGUGUAACAACCGGUUCGCGGACCCCAGGGAGUGCGACUGUGGUCAUGUGUUCUGCCUACAGUGCCUGCAGACCUACGUUGACGAAACCGAGGCAGCUGGCACGUGCCCUAGGUGCCACGAAGACAUUAAAUUACCGGAUGGAGGACCGGCGGAUUUACCUGUACACUUACUCUACGAAGACCUGACACGUGAGGUGAAUGGACUAGACAAGGAGAACAAUAUAUCACGUGGCUCGUGUAAGUUUUGCAAUGAUGAAUACAAGUUUCCUGCAACUGUGAAAUGUAUAGCUUGCAAAGUACCCAUGUGUGAAAACUGUGCGUCCAACCAUGUUCACAAUGGCGUGAACCACGUGGUACCGAUACAUCGUAAACAGGACUCACUGCUCUGCGAUUUCCUACCCCGACGUGACACCGCGUGUCAGAUCCAUCAGACCGAGCUGCUAAACAUGUUCUGUGUCAAUUGUCAGACAUGUGUAUGCCAGAAAUGCAAAGAGGAAAGACACGCGAACCACGACGUGUCUGAUCUAGACAAAGCGUCAAUGCCAUAUAAAACAACGAUAAACGAUGUCCACGAUAAGUUAAGAGAUUAUCUCAAUGAAACAAAAGAGGCUUUAAAUGACAUUGAACGCAUAGGGAAUGAAUAUAAAGACAAAGUUGAAACAACCCGGAAACAUAUCGAUGAUCAAGUGGAGCUCUUGGUAAAAUACAUCCUGCGUGAGAAAGAUCGACUAUUGGACGACCUUGACUCUCACGCGGAGGAUAUCGAGAUCAACUUGGACAAUUGCAGAUCAGACAUGCAGACCAAGGAAUCUAGAGCGCGGGCAUUGUCAGACCUUAGUGAAAACUUGAUGUACUACGGGAACGACGCGGAAAAUACAUUGUAUAAAUCAAAAAUUGAAAACAGAUGGCGUGAACUGCGAGAGGAAAAGCUGAGUCGAUUCGGGCAGGGGUACAAAAUGGACGUUCAGUUCUGCAUGAACGAUGGGGUCUUGGCCCUGUUGUCAAAAGAACUUGGCACGUUGGUAGUAAGACAGAAUCUGUCACCCUGGACGAGUCGUAAGAGCAAGCCGUUCGACAUGAUACCGGUAAACAAAGGCUCACUAGAUGAUUCCACGCUCCAGCAGAAAGUGCGGUCGGCGAUGUCAAACGAUUACUCACUGAAGCGAUCUCAGAUAUUUGCAAAAUUCGUUAAUCCAAAGUGGACUUUGGAGACGUACAAAACGAGCAAAGCCACCGGUCAGACGGUCACUGUGUGGUUGAAAAGUGACGAAGACCAAGAAGGUGCUUCCAGGGCCUCCAAACGGCUCUCUAUGAGGUCCGUGUCUAGCCCCAGCAUCAUGGCCGAAAUUGAAUCAUUCAAUGAGAAGGGAGAGCACGAAUACAAGAAGACUAUUGAGAAACUACCUGACGGGACAAUAGUAAGACUAGCGAUAGGUGGUAAAGAUACUGUUAUAUUAGCAGUGUAUCCUGGUGUGUACGCAUCGUCUAUUAUAAGCCAAACAAAAGUGAGAUCGCUUUCAAAAAAAGACACAGAUGGGAUAUACGUAGCGGUGCUAGAACGGGGGAACUUUGUAUGCGGCGAACUACGUAAGAUUCCCAUCCCUGAAGGUCCGGGGUUCGACUUUGAAAUCACUAGCCGCAACACUAUUGUGGUGAGGCCACUAUUUCAACGAAACCUGCGGAUCUAUGGCACGCGUGGCAUAGAGCAGCUCACCGACCACGAGUUGUACGAGUCUACCGUGUUUAAGGUUAUGGAAUCCCCCGACAACGAGAUAGUAGCCAUCUCGCGAGAUGCUGACGGUAACGUUGUGUGUGAAAGCAUCUCUGACACCGCAGAGCGUUCCACCAUAUUUACAUUCCAGGCGAACACGUUGAACCCCAUGAAGAGUGAGUUCCGGGAGGCAAGGUUUGACCGCGCCGGAAAUGUCCUCGUUCACUUCCAGGCGGUCGGCGCACAGGACGUCCUCUAUAAGGUGACGGCCGCCAACCAUAGGAAGGAGAAUCUUUCGAAACCGGAACUGCUUCAUAAGAUUGAUAAACUUGCUAUUCUACCGGAUGGAAGGCUGUGUGUGUUUGAUAAAGCCGAGUGCGUUCUUAUGACCUUGAAGUACCUGUAGGCGAGUUGUUGCAAUUAUUUAGUAGCAUUCAAACACUAGUUAAGGCACCUCGAGACAAUGAAAAUGUGUAAAACAUAAAUGCUAUGAAAUGUAUUCAUUAAAAACACUAAGACUAUGUGUGGCCUACAUUUAUUGAUACGGAUAGUGCCAAGAGCAAAGGUCGUGUUAGAUAAACAUAUAAUAUUCAAGUAUUUAUUUUAACGGGGGCUUGUUAUACUGGCUUCCAGUAUUCAGAAUUUACUAUAUAGACUUAAAUCAAUAAAUAAGAAAUAUAGAUGAAUAAAUUAUUAAAUCAA